GGGGCCCCCCAGCCCUCCCUGCUCAGCACCAUCCACGUGCUGAGCGCCUACGCCGGCAUCGGGGCGCUGGCCGGGGCCUUCCGGGAGACGGGGGCCCUGCUGCUGCUGACGGAGAUGCUGUGCCACCCGGAGAAGCAGAUCCACCACGGUGCUGGCAAGAUGCUGAGGGCCUUGGCUUCGCACGAUGCAGGGAGCAGAGCCUAUGUCCUGCUGUCCCUGAGCCAGCAGGACGGCAUUGAGCAGCACAUGGACUUUGAGAGUCGCUGCACCUUGCUGGAGCUUUUUGCUGAGACCAUGUCCUCUGAAGAGCACGGCAUGUCCUUUGAGGGGAUUCACCUUCCCCAGGUGCCCGGGAAGCUGCUGUUUGUCCUGGUGAAGCACUACCUGCGUGUCACUUCCCUCCUGGAGAAGCUCGGCAGUGGCGCGGAGCAGGGAGGGGAGCAGCAGGACCGCGCUGUGCCGAGCCUGGGCACUGGGGAGAGGAGCUGUGUGAAGGAGGAGUUUGAGUUCAGCAUGGCUCUGGCAAACCUCAUCUUGGAGCUGGUGCAUGUGAUGGGCUGGGACCACAGCCAGAAGCCAGAGCUGCUGCCCCAGCAGGAGCUGCAGCCUCACCCCAGCCACUCCAUCUUCCAGCCCAAGCCCCCGCCCUUCCCUGCUGCCCAGGUGCCCGCGCCCCCUUCCAGCCGUGGUGCUCACAGAAAGCAGGGUCGUGCCUUCCUGACGCGCUCAGACUUCGCCGACUGCAGCGGCUACGUGGAGUACCUGCAGGCCACCCUGGUGUGCGGCAUGAGGGUGUGCUUGCUGGAGGACUAUGGUGAUGUUAGAGCCGGGGAGGAAGGCGAGGUUCUUCAGAGCUCUGGCAGCAGGUACACAGUGCAG